AUGACCAAGGUGAGAUUGGAAGUAGACCUCACCAAACCAAAAGUGACUUCUAUUUUUGUUGGUGUGGAGGAGGAUUCCUCUCCGUUGAAAGGUUUCUAUCAGAAAUUGGAAUAUGAAAACCCCCCAAAAUUCUGUACUCAUUGCAAGAUGCUGCGACACUCUAUCGUUCAAUGUAGAAGGGUGGCACAAAGAAAGAAAGAUGAGAAGGGCAGGAAAGAGAAAAAUGACAAGCAAGGAGAUGAUGCUGAACCUAGCAGGGUGAACGACAAAGAGUUGGACACUGCUCUAGAACUGGAAAAGAUGGUAAAAAAUAAGAAAGAGGUGAAGACCAAAAAUCAGGAAAUAAAGGGAGGAAAGAACAGGGCCAAGAGGAACAGUCAGCAAAAUAAUAGAAACGAGGUUCAGCAAAAUAUAAGAGAGGAAAAGGGAAAAGAGGCACAAAACAAGCAAACCACAGAGAUAGUGGAUGUGGAAGACACUGCCGAGAAGGUCACGUCUGUGCUUAAAAAGAGAUUGAACAAUAUUAAAAGGAAGAGGAAGAAGAAAAUGCCGAAAAAGAGAAGCAAGGUAAAAAUCAGAAUAGGGAAAGAUAGAGGGGGAGAAGUAGAGUCCAACAAUAUACAAGAAAUUAACAAGGAGGAUAAAAAUCAAAGAGCGACAGAAGAUGAAUAUAGUGAGGGGGAGAUCGAAUCCAGAAAUGUUAAGGAUGGGAUGGACCAACAACAACAACAAAAUAAUUAG